AUGGCUCCUCAAAGUGUGUGGGUUAUGGAAAUCUCAUUGAAAUUCUGCCGGUCGGUCAAAGAUCCUUGGGGUUCGCUGUUAGUAGGUUUUGCAUAUCACUUUGCCAUACUGUCUGGAAUUCAGGAUGCUCAGGAACCCAAAUUUGCAAAGAUUGAGUCCGUGGUUCAAGUAUUGAUCCAGGAGUCCAGUUCUGAUUCAAAGGGGGGUCCUUUAACCACGGAGAUAGCGGAAAAAUUGUGCUCAAAACAUGAGUAUUACCAAAAUGUAUGGAAUUUUGCACCGGACCCCAAUUUAACCCCUUCCAGGCCGUGGAGAUUUUGUACCAUCAACUUGGUGCUCCGGGACUUGGUGCUCCGAGACUCGGUGCUGCUGGACUUGGUACGAUCAACUCUUAACUGGGGCUGGGAGCCACGGGAUGUGGUGACUCAAGACUCGGUGACACCGGACUUGGUGACUCGAGACUCGGAGCUGCGGGACUUGGUGACUCGAGACUCGGAGCUGCGGGACUUGGUGACUCGAGACUCGGAGCUGCGGGACUUGGUGACUCGAGACUCUUAG